GUCAACUUUCACCACUAGCAGAUCCCCCACUCCUUACAACGCUCCAUAGCCAGUCCCCCCGCUUGUGUGACUCACAGUGGACACUCCUAGAGGCCCCCGGGAUACGGCCGGAGAAUAAAACUUGAUCAAAGUCCGCUCCACCCCUCGUUGUGCUUUAAUUACUACUGAGAGAGAGAGCGAGACUUGCUCCAGUGGAAGUGACGAACCCCUCGGCAGAGGCAAGGAAGGGAAGGAGCAGUUCUUCGGAUAGCCCCCGUAGUACACACAAACGCCGCACCACGCCGCCACCGACAGGACCGGGACCGGCUUCCGGCAUGAAGGGGCGCCAUCUGCGGCGGCGGUUCAGCCUGCAGCCGUCGUUCAUGAAGGAUGACAGCACGGAAGAUAAACCCAAGCGGGAAAAACCACUGAAAAACGACGAAAAUUCGAUCAACGCCAACGUGCGGCACAAGAUUGUCGUGAUGGGGGCGGCCAAGGUCGGCAAAAGCUCGCUGAUAACGCAGUUCCUGUACAGUACCUUCUCGCCCAAGUACAAGCGCACCGUCGAGGAGAUGCACCACGGGCACUUUUCGGUGGGCGGGGUCAACCUGACGCUGGACAUCCUGGACACGUCCGGCUCGUACGAGUUCCCCGCGAUGCGGGCCCUGUCCAUCUCAUCGGCCGAGGCGUUCAUCCUGGUGUACGACAUCACCGACAGUGGAACCUUCGAGGAGGUCAAAGCGAUCCGGGAACAGAUCCACGAGAUCAAAUCCACCACCGCCGUUCCAAUCGUGAUCGUCGGCAACAAAACCGAUCUCGCGGACGACGACGACGACAUCCGACAGGUUUCCCGCGGCACAACGGAAUCGAUGAUAACCGUCGACUGGGAGAACGGCUUCGUCGAGGCUUCGGCCAAGCUGAAUCGAAACGUUUCACAGAUCUUCAAAGAACUCCUCGCGCAGGCCAAAAUCACCUACAACCUGAGUCCGGCGCUGCGCCGACGGCGACGUCAGUCGCUUCCGCAGCAGGCCAGCGGAACCAGCACGGGGCCGUCGACCCCGCAGCAGACCGCCCCGCCGGUGGCACCGGUUCACGUUCCGUCCGCGGCCCAGCUCGCGCACCUGCAGCAGAUCCAGGACAAGAGCCUCGGCGGCAAACGAAACUCGUGCAUUUUGUCUUAAUAGAGUGGUUUUUUAGACAGAGAAAAACUAAGCCAUUUGGUUCAAAAUCGUGCGCUGUAAUUCCAUGCAGGCAUGUUCAGGACGAGUUUGAACCAAAUGGACAAUUUCCCCCCAGAAAGGAAAACCUUAAUGUUACAAAUUAUUCCGAUGUUUCAAUAAUAAUGGCAAAAUAAUAAAACAUGUGCAACCGAAGCGGGAAUUCCGAGCUAGCGUUUAAAAGUAACAAAAUAGUAAAGCAUAUAAAUUUGCAACGUGUUUUCUGUCAUCGUAAGCCGUUUAAUACCAAAAGCCAGAUUUAAACCAAAAACCAACAGCAACAACAAAAAAACUUGAUUCGAUGUUUGUGGCGUAACUUUGUUGAAAUUGCAAUCAUUAUUAGGGACGAACGAAAUAGUGGACGCACCAGCGCAGUAUGUAGCUAAGAAGAAGAAGAAGUUUGUAAAGUAGCAAUGUGGAGUAUUACGGGUAAUCCAAAAACAGAAAACAAAAACACACACUGGAGAUGUAUUCCAAGAAACAAAACAGAAAUAGAAACCAAAAACUAUGGAAAGAUGGACCCAGAUCGAUGGAAAACUUAAUCUACUUGUUGAAAGGUGUUUAAGAUCAUUAUGUUUUCAUCAUAAAUCUAUUGCAAUAAACUGCUUAAUUUUGGAUAACUUUUUUCUUUUUUGAAACAUAACUGAAUGUUACCAAACAAAUGAAUACCGUAAAAUUCCGAAUGUUUGAUAACUCCAACUGAAAAAAGAAUAUUUAUGAGAACUUGUGAGCGAGGCAAAGAAAAAGAGCGAUAGAAUAAGUAAAAGAGAGAGAAUAGAGAACGGUAGAAAAAAUACACAAUGUUAAAAUGAUAACAUAAUGUCCAUAAUUGAAAACGUGGGUUUUAUAGAAAACCAAGAUGUUUGGGUA